AUGAAAGCUACCAGUAGAGCUAAAGCUUUGAGUUGGGUUGGUCAGAUGUUACAGUUAGCAUAUGGUUCCUCUUUUGGAGAUGCAGCUGCUAAUGCAGAAUACAGACGUAUGGGUGCUGUGAUUUAUAAGAAGUGUGUUAUGGCAUUGAAGAGAGACUUCCCCGUGAUUUGGUGUAAUACCUGCCAGGAAGCAACUACUAUUGUUUCUGUGAAUCCAAACUUCCAAUACAGACGUGCUCAAAACAUUACUGAUGAUUUCAUUUAUUUCCGUCCUAUUGAUGCGGAAACUCGGGAAAGGGCCAGAAAACAAAAACAACAAACCACUUUGGCCUCCCACCAAUUCACCCCUGAAGGUAUCCAUCAGAGGGACUUGGGGAUUAUCAGUCCGGUGGCAGAUGUUACCAACCCCCCUAACAUCUCUAAAGAGUUAGAGAGCAUUGCCCUUGUAAGACCGAAAACUUCAGGGCUUCUUCACCUAGAGAAUAUGCCGAUUAUUUCACCAGGGUUCCUAGAAUCUCAACGCUUAGAUGUUACAGGAAUUGUCAGUCCAGAGGAAAGGGGGAAAGGCACCGCAAUACUUGUUGCUGGAGUGCCUGGAAAGGAGGAGCUAGAUGAUACAGAAAUUCCAACUUUGAAAUUCACUGGGUUUAUACACCUGGAGGUGUUAAUAAAUAAAUGUUCACCAUCCUCAGAAUACAGUCGCCCAGGAACCCCAAGAAAUCUGUGGAUGGAAUCUCCAGAAAAUGCAGAGUCCCCAGGAAGUGAUGAUCUGGAAGUAGCAAGAAACAUGUAUCCUUUUAGAGAGAGAUCCAUUUUUCGGCGUUCCUGGGCAGAGCUUAUAGACGCACCACUAAACAGUGAAGGGCUCCAUAUUCUCGAAACUACUCCUACCGAAGAAGAUAGAGAACUUGCUUAUCUCCAGCUAGCAUCAGAGCAAGAAAAUCAAGCAAACACCCCACUUAGGGAUCCCCAUUUCCAGGCUUUGCAAGGCCCUUUCCCAUUGCUGCCCCAGCGCCCUAAACUCCGGAGGCAGCGCAGUCGCAGCCUGCCACGAUACAGUGACAGCAGAAGCCAAAACCUAAAUGUAUCUGAAUUCAAAGGAAAAGCAGAGGAGACACAUUUCUUCUUCCCAGCUGAUCGCAAUUUACUAACAAGAGGAAACAUCAAGGAAAGAGAGAACAUGAAGGAUGCCUGGAAAAGAACAAUCCCAUCACAUUCUGGAGAAUAUUUUCCUAUCAAUAAGAGGUCUGAAAAGUCUGCACUUCGAGGAAAUACUGGAAUUCCUGAAGAUAAUUCUGUGCGGUCCAGGAGCAAUGUUAGAAUUCCCAAGAAUAAUGUCAGUACUAUCCCUGUGGUUAAUGUUGGAAUUCCCAUGGAUAGUCCUGGAGUUCUUAGAGGCAGUGGUGGAGUUCCCACUAGUAAUAGUGCUGGAACUUCCAGGUGCAUUGUACCUUCCCCACUUACUGAGCUCUCAAAGAUACGUGAACACCAGUUAUAA